UUAAUUAACAGGUAGAUAUUGUAUUUCAUACGAAUAUGGCCUGUCUAUGGAAGAUCACAAGUGCCUCAGUGCUUCUUUUGGCAGCUGUCGGCGUCAUAGCAAACCCUUCCUUGCUCGCGAGUGACGAAUGCCUAGACGAAAUCUCCUGGGCCGAUCCAACCAACUGCUCAAGAUAUUAUGUGUGCGCGCCAUGGGGACCUCAAAUAAUGGAUUGUGGCAGUGGAACCCAUUACAAUCCGAUAAUACAAACUUGUGACUGGCCUGAUGCUGUUGCUUGCGUUGUAUCAACCACCCCAGCUGAAGCACCUUCAACAGUUCCAAACACUAUACCCACAGGUCCACCGACAACCGACGAACCAGCAACCGAAGAAACAACAGAUAUCCCAGAGGAAACAACUGAGAAUCCUGCAGAAACCGAAGAACCGUCUACAGAAUCCCCUGAAGAUACAGAGACACCAGAAGGAACUGAACCAACUGAAAUUCCCGAACCAGGACCAACAUCUUCUGAACCUGAACCAACUGGAACAGAUUUACCAAUUGAACCUACCAUAGCCCCGUCAGACAUAUGCGCAGAGUUUCCCGACCUAUUUUUCCUCACUUCGUAUCCAGGUGACUGCAAAAAGUUUAUUGCGUGCAGCUAUGGGGAUCCCAACAUUCUAGACUGCCCAAGCGGUCUCUUCUACAGUCCGCUGAUAAGCACUUGUGUGACUGACUCAUCACACUGCACUUAUUUAAGGGCCAAAUGUGUGUUAAUUACAACAAUUUUCGCAGCUUCACUACUCUCCACUGAAGAAUGCCUUGAUGAAGUAUCUUGGCCAGAUCCGACUAAUUGCUCAAGAUAUUACGUGUGCGCGCCAUGGGGAUCCCAAGUAAUGGAAUGUGCUUCAGGAACCCACUACAAUCCAAUAAUACAAACUUGUGACUGGCCUGAUGUUGUUGGUUGUGUAGUCUCCACUACGUCUACAGAAGAUCCGAUACCAACUACUGUACCCGCGCAACCACCUACUGAUGCAUCGUCAACUGAAGCACCGUCUACCGAGGCACCUUCUACUGAAAUGCCAUCUACUGAACUACCAUCAACUGAAGCACCUGAGGAACCUACCGACGUACCAGAGGAACCUACUGAAAUACCAGAAGAAUCCACCGAAGAACCAACGGAAGCACCUGAGCUAUCUACAGAAUCUACUGAAGAAACAGAAAUUCCAGAAGAAUCCGAACCAACAGAAACUCCUGAACAAGACACUCCUGAACCUGAACCAACAGAAACUCCCGAACCAGAAACAACAGAAGCUCCAGAAUCCGAACCAACAGAAACUCCUGAACAAGACACUCCUGAACCUGAACCAACAGAAACUCCCGAACCUGAAACAACAGAAUCUCCAGAACCUACCACUGUCCCACCGACGACAACAACGGAAAGCAAAACUCCAUCGGAUAUAUGCGCAGAGUUUCGAGAUCUCUUCUUUAUCACUUCUUAUCCAAACGAUUGUACAAGGUUCAUUGCAUGCAACUAUGGAGAGCCGUUUAUUUUAAACUGCCCAGAAGGUAACUUCUUUAGUCCAAUAUUGAGCUCGUGUAUAUCUGAUUCAUCUCAUUGCGCUUAAUGAUGCUAAAAAAAUUAUUGAAGAUUUUAAUUUAUUAUAUAAUUAAUAUUCUUGUUUCCUGUAAAUAUAAUGUCAUAAAUAAAAACAAUAUUUAUAAAAAAAUGUAGCGCUGGAAAUUAUUAACGACAAAAAUGUUAAUCCAUCAAGAGAUGAAUCAAUAAUUUAAAUAAAUUUAUUACAAUGAUA